AUGGCACAAUACGGAAAUGCUCCUAAUCAGUCAAUCUUGGUCAAGGGCUUGAAGAUGGCGUAUCGUUGGUUGGGACCGAACGAUGGGAUUCCGGUGAUUCAUCUCGUAUCAUUCAGGUCAGUCCACAUCAGCCAGCAUCCAGGUGAAGAGUGUAGUCUCACACCAACCAGGGCUACAAUGAGCCAGAUAGAUCCGGUUUCUAUGAAUAAGAUAGCCGAGAAGCGGCCAGUCAUUCUCUUUGAUAACGCUGGUGUCGGCAGAUCCGAAGGACAAGUGCCUACAUCUUACGCAGGCUGGGCGGAUUAUUGCGCAGAACUCAUCGUACAACUCGGAUUUAAUCAAGUGGAUGUCUUAGCCUUUUCGAUGGGUGGAUGCGCGGCUCAGAUGCUGGCUUUGAAUUAUCCAGCUUUGGUUCGCCGUCUGAUCCUCAUUGGAUCCCUUCCAAGUAUUGGACCAGGAGUCAUACUCCCGCCGCCCGCACCCUUUCAGGGUAUCCGUAUGGCACAUGAACAUGAGUCUCAGGAAGCUGCGCUGCUGAAAUUUUGUUUUCACUCUUCAGAUGCCAGUCAAGCAGCGGGGAGAGCGACGUUUCGGAGAAUGCUUGCGGCCAGAGAUGAUUGGUCCGAUUUGAUUGUGCCGAUAGCACCCGACGUCAAGUACAGGCGUUUGCUAAGUUUAUGA